AUGUCGGCGCCCACAAGGAACGAAUACCUCGAUCACGGACCAUCGGACGAAUCAGACCACGAUGUAGGCUACGACUCGGAGGCCGCAGAGGUAUCCAAGACGAGGAGGACAAGCAAGAGGCGUAAGAUAGAGCGUGAAACUACAAACGAGAACGAGGAAGCAGACCAAGUAGAGCCCUCAAGGAUUGCAGAGGCCCCUUCUCUGGUCACACAACAGCGCCAGCACGACUCGGACCACGACCAGGACGCCGGACCCAAAGCCCAGGACACGUCCUCUGAAGCAGUUGGAGCGCAGACAGCGAAGAAAAAGAACAAAGACGGGACCAAACACAAAGAAACUGUGCCUGGCGUAAUAUACCUCUCGUCGCUGCCUCCGUACCUCAAACCCUCAGCGCUGCGCAACCUACUGGAACAACGUGGGUUCAGCCCGAUCAAGCGGUUGUUUCUGUCUCCGGCCAGCAAGCACAAAUCCGGGUCGAAGAAGAAUUCACGCCGGCUGUACACGGAGGGAUGGAUUGAAUUUACCUCCAAGAAGAUGGCGCGGCGGUGUGCGGAGACACUGAACACGCAGGUGGUGGGCGGAAAGAAAGGAGGAUUCUACCACGACGACAUCUGGAAUAUGAAGUACCUGAAGGGGAUGCGGUGGGAGGAACUGAUGGCCGGCAUCAGGGAAGAGAAGAGAGAGGAGGAGGGCCGAAGAGACGAGGAGAGGCGGAUCAUCGCGCGCGAGACCAAGAGGUUCGUUGAAGGCGUAGAGGAAGGGCGAAGGAGGGAAGGGAUGAAGAGAAAGAGAGAGCUCAAGGGCGUCGGUCAGGAUACGGCUACAGAUCCGAAGAGGACGUGGAGACAGGCUGAGGUCAAGGGUAAGAACACGCUUCAGGAGAAGGAGGGAAUGAGUGAGGACGUCAAGGAAGUCUUGGGCAAGAUCUUCUAA